AUGGCCGGCGGAGUCAAGAAGCCGGUCAACGUGUUCCGGCUCAAGAACCUGGGCGAGCCCAAGGGCGUGUUCAACUGGCGUCUGUGGUUCUCAGUCUUCUCGUUCGGGCUGCUGGGCGCAGCCCGUGGCGUGGACGAGGGCCUGAUCUCGGGCGCAUUCAACAGCAAGGACUUCCAGCACACCAUCCACUACAGCACGUACUCCAAGGUGGAGCAGGCCAACAUCAAAGCCAACGUGAGCGCCAUGGUGCAGAUCGGAUCGGUGGGCGGGGCACUGUUUGCAUUUGUGGUCUGCGACCGGAUCGGGCGCAUCUGGGCGACGCGACAGCUGUGCGUUCUCUGGAUCGUCGGCAUUGCCAUCUUCCUGGGCGCCAAUGGCAACCUGGGGGCUGUGUAUGCCGGUCGCUUCAUCGCUGGCCUCGGUGUGGGCCAGACGCCCGUCGUGGGCCCCGUGUACAUUGCCGAGAUUGCUCCAGCGUCGGUGCGUGGAUUGUGCACCUGCAUCUUCACCGGCUUCGUCUACCUGGGCAUCGUGCUCGCCUAUUUCACCAACUACGGCUGUCAGGUCAACCUUGGCGACACGUCGCAUCGCCGCUGGAUGGUGCCGACAUCAUUGCACAUUCUCUUUGCCGGCAUCAUCUUCUGCCUCACCUUUUUGCAGUACGAGUCGCCGCGCUUUCUGGUCAAGAAUGGUCAGCCGGAGCGGGCCCUCGAGGUCAUGUCGCGACUGCGCCAGCUGCCGCCUGACCACGAGUAUGUCACACGCGAGCUUGCCGCCAUCCACACACAGCAUCAGGAAGAACUUGAAGCCACGCGCGGUGCCGGCAUGCUGGGCGUGCUCAAAGAGAUGUUUCUCGUGCCUAGCAACCUCUAUCGGAUCUACCUCACCUGCAUGGCCCAGCUGAUGAGCCAGUGGAGUGGCGCUGGCUCUAUCACCAUCUACGCGCCCGACUUGUUCAAGCUGCUCGGCGUCACCGGCACCAACGAGGGCCUCCUGGUGACAGCCGUCUUUGGCAUCGUUAAGCUUUGUGCGGCUGUCAUCUGCGCCCUCUUCCUUGUCGACGUCAUCGGCCGCAAGCGCGCCCUCCUCACUGGCAUCACACUACAGGCCAUCGCUAUGCUCUACAUUGCCGGCAUGUUGACGGCCGUUCCCCAGCUCGGCAUCGUCAACGACUACGAGCUCACUCGCACCGAGUUGGGGCCUUCGCGUGGCGCCAUCUUCAUGAUCUACCUCUCCGGCUUCGGCUGGGCUCUCGGCUGGAACAGCAUGCAGUAUUUGCUCACGGCCGAGCUGUUCCCAUUGCGCAUCCGUGCCGUCAGCACCUCUCUCUCUAUGGUCCUGCACUUUGCCAAUCAGUACGGCAACGCCCGUGCCGUUCCCAACAUGUUGCUGCCCGUAAGCGAUGGCGGUAUCGAUCCAAAGGGCACUUUCUGGUGCUUUGCCGCCAUCACUCUUCUGGGUGCCGCCUGGGUCUGGUUCUUCAUCCCCGAGACCGCCGGCCGCUCGCUCGAGAGCAUGGACCGUCUCUUCUCGCUUCCCUGGUACAAGAUCGGCCGCUACGGCAAUCGCGAUGCCGACCGCCAGGACGUCGUCUGCGAGACUAAGCUGGACGAGGCUGUCGCAGCUGAGGUGGCCCACGUCGAGCAGAGCAGGCCGGAAGAGACACAGACCCGGCACACGGAACUGCGUCUUUAG